AUGGGUUCAGUCUUGUCGCCACCUGCCCCGCCGGGUGUUACUGGCUUAGACAUAUACUUAGCUAGUCCACAAGGCCAGCUAGUAGGUGGAGCCAUUUCAGGUCCACUUAUAGCAUCAACAACCGUUGUCAUUAUGGCAGCUACUUUUAUGAACGCAACAUUUUAUAGACUGCCGAUUGACAAAAAUGAAACUGAAGCAGUCACUACAGCCCAACAAAAUCAACAUAUGAUCGGUUUAUCAGAUAUGUAUGGAAUUCCACAAAACUUUAGCGGCUGGCAAGCCACCCUACCAUCAACGGAUAUGUACACUUGGACAGCUGCACAACCACUUUCGAAAAAGAUUUAA